AUGCUUUCAACCCAAGGUGAAGCGUAUGCGAAAGCCAGACUGUCCAACGGCUAUCUCGGGCUUCCAAAGGCCAUAUUUGACCGCCACACAAGACACGGCGUUGUUUCUUUCGGGAAUGCCGAAAAUUUCCUCAUGCGAGAUGAAAUGCUGGAAUACAUCCGCUCAAAGGCAAUCCAGAAUCUCGACCAAAAUACCCUCACCUACCACGAGGGCCCCUUCGGCCCCAACCGACUACGAACAGCCAUGUCCCGCCAUCUCAAGACCUACUUCCACCCAGCCACCCCAAUCGACUCGAGCCACAUCGUUUUCGCCAACGGCGUAACCAGCCUAAACGCCAUGUGCGCCAUCAGCCUGACUAACCCAGGAGAGGGCAUCCUCCUCGGACAGCCGAUAUACGGAUCCUUCGCCGGCGACCUGCGCACCCCGUCAGGCUGCGAACUCAUCUACACUCCAUUCCACGGUGACGACCAGUUCAGUCCCACCGCGGUUUCCCGAUACGAGGAGGCAUUGAUACACGCACAGGAAACAGGAGUUGCGGUGAAGGCCCUCCUAAUAUGCAAUCCACACAAUCCGCUUGCGCUCAUGCGCUUUUGUCAGAAAUACCGUCUCCAUCUGAUCAGCGACGAGGUGUAUGCGUUGUCUGUGUAUGGGGAUGGAGGGCACCAGAAGCACUUUAGUUCGGCUCUUUCGAUCGAUCUGGACCAGAUCGGGGUGGAUCCGGAUUUGGUACACGUGUUAUAUGGUAUGUCUAAGGACUUUGCUAUGGCGGGACUGCGAUUGGGGUGUUUGGUUAGCCGGAGUCAGGGCUUGCUAGGGGCUGCUUUGUCGAUGAGUCGGUUCCACUGGCCCUCAAAUGUAUCCUGCAGCAUUGCCGCUUCUUUCCUCGAAGACCAGGUUUUUCUCCACUCAUUCUUACAGAAAAGUCAACACGCUCUCAAAUCGCAACAUCGACUGGCUACUGCGGCGUUGGAAGAGGCGGGAUCCCUUAUGCGAAGGGCUGGCAUCAUAGCAGGAUUCUUCCUCUGGGUCGACCUGUCCAAAUGCCUCGAUCCUGCAAUCGUGAGAGAUCAAGGAGGCUGGGCCGCGGAGCUGGACCUUUCCCGCAGAUUGGGCGAGGUCGGUGUGGACAUGUCUUCCGGGUAUGCCUACCACAAUGAGGUCCCCGGGUGGUAUCGGGUCAUCUUCACGGUGGAUGCGAAGACCCUGGAGGAAGGGUUAUCACGGAUUAUCAACUUUUACCACGCGAGCAAUUGA